CAAUAGACGUACCCCAUAUAUUCUUUUGACUUGAUAGUGGAAUAUUUGAACCAUGCUGUAACAGGAUGCGAACUGUCUGCAUGACUGAAUGCACACGGCGCUCGGACGUGAAUGGCUAUCGGCUUGCAUCGCAUUCAUUUCCACACUACCAAAUUGCUCGCCCUUUAUCGGCUACUUAUCCUGCAUCUACGGCAUUCAGUGGGCGAUGAAGGAUCCAAAGCAGUCAGACGGCGGAAGCAUUUCAGCCACUACACAACAAAUAUUGCUGAGGCGACAGCAGCGCGCAUGAACUACCGACUCACGAAAUGGGAUCCCGCGGAGAUGGAGUCAACGCUUACCGGGAGACACUGCAAUGAACAGUUUGGAAUGCCGGGCCUAAUAUGCUUCACAAGUCCUAUUCCUGGAUGCAAUUUCAUCAACGUCGAGGCUGCUGGAGCCGGGGCUGUCGUCAAAGCAAUGCUUCUAUAUGCCAUCGUUAGCUUCACGAAGAGGACUGAACACAAAAAUGCUACGUUGAAGAUCGCAUGCAGAGCGCCAAUGGGAAUUCGAACAGUGGGCGAAAAGCGUUUCUAAUCAUAUAUUGACUAGUGUUGUGGCUGGAAGGUAAGCAGUUUCUG